CCUCUCAUCGCUGAGGUGACGUCACCGCGGCGUGACGCCAUCGCGUCGCCGGGGCGGUGAGGCAGAGGGCAGGUAGACAAGAUGGCGUCGCCCGGCCGCGGGUCUGGAGGUGGCGACGCGGCGCGGAUUUCGUAGGGGCAGGCGGUGGGCAGCGACCGCAGGGACAGCCAGAGCCGCCAGCUGGGGGCCGCCAGGCGCCGCGCAGGUUCUAAAUGGCUUCUAAGAAGUUGGGAUCCGACUCUCAUGGGCCUUUCAGUUAUCUUGAUGAUGUCCCCUUUAAGAUAGGAGACAAAUUCAGAACCCCAGCAAAGGUUGGAUUACCCAUUGGUUUCUGCCUACCUGAUUCUUCUCAGCUCGUCAGAGAAGCCCAGUAUGACUUCUCACUGGAAAAUAAAACAGUCGCGUGGGCUGAAGAUAUCAAAAAAAUUCAAGCUGCCCAGAGAGAAGCUGAACGCAAGGCAGAAGAAGCGCUAGGGACCUCAAAGGCAGUUCCAGAGGACAGCAGCAAAAUGGGGUUCUCAGAUGGACCUUGCCCUGAGGCCAUGCCUCCUCCUAUUAACCCCAUCCUUGCUAGCCUGCAGCACAAUAAUAUCCUUACUCCCACACCGGCCAACAGCAGCGCUGUGAAGCAAAAGGUUCUUAGUCCACCUUGUCCAAAAGCAGACUUCAACCCAGCUGAUUUUGAAUGUGAAGAAGACCCAUUUGACAAACUGGAAUUAAAAACUAUUAAUGAUAAGGAGGAGUUAAAAAAUAUUCUUGAAAUUCAUGUUGGUACUACUGGGCCAAUCGUUGCCCAGCUGUUAGAUAAUACUUUGCCCAAAGGAGGGUCUGAGUCUGUGUUGCAAGAUGAGGAAGUUCUGGCAUCCAUAGAAAGGGCCACGUUGGACUUCAAGCCCCUUCACAAACCCAAUGGCUUUAUCACUUUACCGCAGUUGGGAAGCUGUGAAAAGAUGUCCUUGUCUUCCAAAGUGUCCCUGUCCCCUAUCACUUCAGUGAGCAAUAUAAAAUCCCUGUCCUUUCCUAAACUUGACUCCGAUGAGAAUGAUCAAAAAUCAUCAAAGCUCACGAGCACUUUCCACAGCACUACCUGUCUCCGCAAUGGCACUUUGCUCAGCUCUUUGCAGACCUGUGCUCAGAGUAAAGCUAGUGAACUGAACGGACACCAUAUGGUUGAUUUUUCCGCUCUAAAUGAGGACAGUGGCAUGGAGACAUCGACAUUACCCUCUUCAUCCAGGCUGCCUUCUCUGGCUGUGUCAACAGUUUGUACAGAAGAAUCGUCAUCUCAAAGCACAGCGACUACGGUACACCCAGACUACAAGGAAACAGAAAUCCCUGUGGUAAUGCACCAAAAUUUCCCAGUGUCUAAAGUGCCCAAUAACACCAGCUGCACAAAGUGGUCGAGUGGCCCUGCUCCUGAGCUACAGCAGGUCCUCUCUGCUAGUGAGAGGCAGUGCGUAGAGACAGUCGUCAACAUGGGUUACUCGCCUGAGAACGUCCUGAAAGCCAUGAAGAAGAAGGGACAGAACAUAGACCAGGUUUUGGAUUACCUGUUUGCACAUGGACAGCUUUGUGAGAAGGGCUUUGAUCCACUUCUUGUUGAAGCAGCUUUGGAAAUGCACCAGUGUCCAGAGGAGAAGAUCACAGAACUUCUUCAACUAAUGAGUCAAUUCAAAGAAAUGGGGUUUGAACUAAAAGACAUUAAGGAUGUCUUAUUAGUACAUAAGAAUGACCGACACAACGCUUUGGAAGAUCUAAUGGCCCGUGCAGGAGCCAGCUGAAAAUUCAUUCCGGAAUUCGCAGUGUGCAACAGAGCAGGACCAGCCCCGCCACCUCCACAUCCAGUGUGACUCGCUCUCGGCAGGAAGGAGUCCAGCUUUUCACAUACAUGGGAGAGUGACUGAGCAAGCCUGCCUGCGUGCAUCACUCCAGCAUUGCUCUUUCCGCUGAGAGCCAACUUUCUUUCUUAAAUUAAAUUUUUAAAGUGUCCUUUCCUAAGUUUCCUUUUUCCAGCUUGGCCACGGAGAGUUUAGACUGCCCAGCCUCUACUGGAAUUGUACAUAGGUCGAGGUGGGAGUGGUGUUCCCCCUCUCACUCUUGCACUGGAGUUGGACAGGAGAAUACUAAGUUGGUUCUGAAACUAGGAUGCUUUGGUUCUUUGAAGCUGCUUUCUUGGUGUCUGCUUGUACUGAAUUACUUGACUGUGUCACAGUCCAGAUUAACUGGUUCAAUUUGACCUUUAGUGCAAUGGAGUUUUAUUUUUUUGGUUGAAAGUUAGUCUGUAACUUAGUAAAACACUGGUUCAGAAACUGUCGCUAUACAUAAAGAGAGAAGCUGUUCCUUUUGUGGGGAUAUUUUUGGGUUUUUUUACCCAUGCAUCAAACACUUCUGCCUGACGUGAGUGUCCAAUGCUGAGCGGUGUAUAAGUUCUCUUGAAACAGGUAAGCUGUGAACUCUACCUGGACCUGCAACUUCUCUUGGUUCUUGAACCUGACAGCAGAGAGCUGGGGCUUGGUGUUCUUAAUCCCCCAGGCUUGUAGGAUAUUUAAGACAAUGCCCUGCUAGGUAGUCAAUUAUCUUUUAUGUUUUAAAUAAUACUCAGUGUGAUGCAGGAGGUUUCUUUCAAGCACUUUCUUUAAAACAAAUAUACUCACUGCAUUAGUUCAAUUUCUCACACUGCUAUAGAAUUACAUAAUAACAUCUAGUAUUAGAAAUCAGGUUUGGGGUUGUUUUUGAUAUUUUGAAGUAUUACGUUGUACAUUGUUCAAGUUCUAAAUACAUAAAGUAUCAGCAGUUUGGGGGAAUCUUUAAAGCAAUUUGCUAAAUAUUUUGAUUCUGCAAAAGAGCAACUAAUAAAACUCUCAAAUAUAA